GCGAGUAUGGAAAAUUUCCAAAUGCGAUUAUUUCAUUGUCUUUCGUGCCCUAGUAUCCAAAUCUGCGAAUUGGGAAUUCCUAUACUCGCUCCGAAACCAUACUACCUUCCUUUGAGCUUUCGAGUAACCAAUAAAAUCAGUUGUGUAUUUUCAAAAUAGUUAGACUCAAAAAUGGGAAGUGUAGAUUUCUGUAAGUUUAAUGUUCUAUCCAUCAAGAUAGAUCUUGGGCAGCUGUGAGAGCUAAAUAUGGAUAACAAUUCAGCGCAAUGUGGCAUAGACAGUUCUUCUCACAUGGUAGGAAGGGAGAAAACAGGACCAAUUGUUAAUAUAGAGAUGCCAGAAUAUAUGAACAUAGCAUACUCUCAGAAUGUUCUCAACUUGAGGUCUGUCAAAAUCGUAGAGCCUCAUGAAGGAAUGGAAUUUGAAUCGAAGGAAAAUGCUUUAACAUUCUACAAGGAAUAUGCCAAAUCAAUCGGUUUUUCUGUCAUUACAAAGGCUAGUCGUAGGUCUAGAAUAUCUGGAAAGUUUAUUGAUGCAAAAUUUGCAUGUACUAAAUAUGGAAUUAAAAGGGAAUCAUCUAGUGUCGUUGAAGUUUCGGAUCCUGUAACAAAUUCAAAGAAUGGCAUGGGUAUUGCUGGGAAGAAAAAACGGGGAAGAAUCAAUCGCUCUUGGGAAAAAACUGACUGUAAGGCUUGUAUGCAUGUCAAGAGAUUGCAAAGCGGACGAUGGGCAAUUCGUAGUUUCAUAAAGGAGCACAAUCAUGAAGUUUUUCCUAAUGAAUCCCAUUACUUUCGUGGUCACAGAAACUUAGAAGUUGGUAGCAGUAAUACCGAUGUCUUGCAAGGCAAUAGAGCCAGAAGAAAAAGUAAGCUUUGUAUGAAAUCCAGACAGUCUGGAGGUUGUACAAUAGCAAACAAACAGAAGGUUGCUGUCACUGAUCAAGUAUAUAAGUUGCAACAUCUGGCUAUAGACGAAGGAGAUGUUCAAGUUAUGCUAGACCAUUUUGUUUGUAUGCAAGAUGAAAAUCCUAACUUCUUUUACUCUAUUGACCUGAAUGAAAAGCAGAGUUUAAGGAAUGUGUUCUGGGUUGAUGCAAAAGGCAGACUUGAUUAUGCCAAUUUUGCGGAUGUGGUUUUCUUUGACACCACAUUCAUUAAGAAUGAGUAUAGAUUACCAUUUGCACCCUUUAUAGGCGUUAAUCAUCAUUUUCAGUUUGUUUUGCUUGGAUGCUCAUUGGUUGCUGAUGAGACGAAGUCUACAUAUGCUUGGCUGAUGCGGGCAUGGCUUAGAGCGAUGCAAAAGUGUUCCCCUAAAGUGAUCCUUACUGUACAAGAUGAAGCCCUUAAGGAAGCCAUCGCAGAGGAAUUGCCUGAUUCUUGCCAUUGUUAUUGUUUGUGGGAUAUUUAUGGCAAGAUUCCAGAAAGGCUUAGCCAUGUAAUAAGACAAGAUGAAAAUUUUAUGUUGAUGUUUGAUGAGUGUGUUUUCAGGUCUUGGUCUAUUGAACUGUUCGAAAAACAGUGGCAAACGAUUGUUGACAGAUUUGAACUAAGUCACAACUCAUGGUUUAAGUCGUUGUAUGCAGAUCGCAGUCGAUGGAUACCUGCAUAUAUGAAAAACAUUUUUUUGGCAGGGAUUUCUACACGCCAAAGGCCAGAAGGUAUCAACUCCUUUCUUGAUAAAUACAUACAGAGAAAAACAUCAGUCAGAGAAUUAUUGGACCGAUAUAGUACUUUAAUACGAGAUAAAUUUGAAGAGGAAAGAAAAGCAGAUUUUGAAACUUUUCAUAAGCAGCCAGCAUUAAAAUCUCCAUCUCCUUUUGGGAAGCAAAUGGCUGCAUUAUACACGCAGACAGUAUUUAAAAAAUUCCAAGUGGAGGUUUUAGGAGUAGUUGCUUGUCAUCCAAAAAAGGAAAGCGAAGAUGGAGUGAUAAAAGUUUUCAGGGUUCAAGAUUUUGAAGAGAGCCAAGAUUUUCUCGUGGAGUGGAAUGAAGCAACUUCAGAUAUCUCUUGUUUAUGCCGUUCAUUUGAAUUCAAUGGUUACCUCUGUCGACAUGUAAUGAUUGUUCUGCAAAUCUCUGGCAUACAUAGUAUCCCUUCCCAAUAUGUAUUGACACGUUGGACAAGGAAGGCAAAGAGUAUACAAAAAACAAGGAAAGGGUCUAAUGUCGAGUCGAGAGUUCAACGGUAUAUCAAUCUUUGUCAACAGGCAUUUAGAUUGAGCGAUGAAGGGUCUUUAUCCCAUGAGAGUUAUAACAUUGCGUUCAAUGCUUUGGAAGAAGCUUUGAGGAAAUGUGAGAGUUUGAGUGGCUCAAUCCAACCAUCCCCUGUUGUGCAUAGUAGUCAUGAAUCAGAGGAAGUAAACCAGGAUAAGAAAACUAAUAAGGCCCAUAAAAAGAAUACAACCACCAACGAAAGCAGACAGGAUCGUUUUGAGCCACAUGCUAUCACUAAUGGUAAUCAUUUUGGCUGGCAACAAUUGGGACAAUCAAAUUCACAAACACCAGCUCUUCACUGCCCUGAUGAACAGGACGGUUUACAAGGGGCAGAACAAAGGAGCAGAAGAGCCCCGUCUCUUGAGAGCUAUUUUGGCGAUCAACAACAACUUAUGCAUGGAAUGGAACAAUUUAACUCGAUUACAUCCGUCACCGACACUGGUUUCCAAGUGCAAAGAAUGGAGACAAAAUAUCUACUUGUAGGGGCACUUGAACAUCAGGCCAAACAUCGUUUCAAAUUGCUUUGACCUUCAAGUUGGUCCGCGAGAUAUGAACCCAUCUACUGCAGAAUCCACGAAGGUUCAUAGCAUUUCAUCCAAACAAUUCAAGUGAAGAUCCGUAGCCAAUCAUUCAAGGUAAUAACCAUCUUUGGUGUAGAUAAUCACAAUGUGAAAAAUAUUCAUAUUAAUAAUAGGAUGGUGAUAUUCCUUUC